UCGGCAGCCUCCGGGCGGCGCGGAGCGGGCGGUGGCCGAUCCAGGGCGGGGGUCGGCGCCCCGGCCAGCCCGGCCCGGCCCGGCCCGGGGCCGCGUCCCGAGCGUCCGCCCUAGCCGCUGCAGCCUUGGUGUCCGGCUGGCCAGCUAUGGAGGCCGAGCGCCCUCCGGCGUCCGGCCCGGGCUGCGGGCGUCCCCCACUCCGCACCGCCGGCCGGGACCCCGCGACCGCGCCCGUGUCGGUACCCGCGCCGCCGCAGGGCCCUGCUGUGGAGUUCGCGCUGCCCCAGGAGCCGGAGCCGCGAGCCGCGGACCUCGGAGCCCCAGGGGCGGGGGCGGCGGGGCCCCCGACGCCGUCAGCGCACAUCCCAGUGCCAGCGCAUAGAAGCCCCCCAGGAAAAGCCCGACUGGACGAAGUCAUGGCUGCCACAGCCCUCACAAGCCUGUCCACCAGCCCCCUCCUGUUGGGGGCCCCAGGUGUGACCUUCAGCACAGAACCGUGCCUGGAGCCCUGGAGGGAAGCCCCGGUGCAGCCACUGGGCUGCGGCGGGGGCUGGGACCCUGCCAGUGACCAGUCCUCUCCGUCUACACCGUCGCCACCGCUGCCCCCUGAGGCAGCCCACUUCCUGUUCGGGGAGUCCACGCUGAGGAAGAGGAAGAGCUCGCUGCAGGGGCUGUUCCAGUGCCUGUGGAAGCGCUGCGGGAAGGUGCUGAGCUCCGCGUCGGGGAUGCAGAGACACAUCCGCCUGGUGCACCUGGGGCGGCAGGCUGAACUGGAGCAGAGUGAUGGCGAGGAGGACUUCUAUUACACAGAGCUGGACAGCGGCCUGGACUCGCUGACUGAUGGGUUGUCUGGCCUGACCCCAGGGUCCCCCACAGCCUCGGUGCCACCCGCCUUUCCCCGCCUGGAGCUGCUGGAGCCCCUGGCCCUGCCCAGCCUUCUGCGCCUGCCUGCCCUGCCCCCACCCUCGGUGCUGAGCACCACAUCCCCCUCCCAGGGCUGCCUGGCACCCAUCCAUCUGGAGCCACAGCCCACUCCUGUCAGGGCCUGUGCACCAGCCCUGCUCGCCAAACCCAGUGCCAACCCAAGGAAGCCCCGGGGUGAUGCCAAGAAGUGCCGGAAAGUGUAUGGCAUGGACCACCGGGACCUGUGGUGCACGGCCUGCCGCUGGAAGAAGGCCUGCCAGCGUUUCCUGGACUGAGCCUGCCCAGGGCUUCUCCGAGCUGCAGGGUCUUCUUUUUAAGAGGGGAGGUCCCCACCACUCAGAAGUGCCUCUGAAGAAACCAGCCUUUGGCCUUUUGCACUAAAGCCAAACCUCACCGCUGUCCCCUCGGCCCGGGGUGGCCGCCCCUCAUUUGGCCCUGGACUUGUCAGGAGUGUGACGGAGCCACGCAGGGCGUCCUCGAUGCACUUUGAGGGGUGUUGGGGGGGGUGCCCCCUGCCCGCACUUCACCUGACUGAGGGCCCAGGCGCAUGUCUGUGCCGUGUUUGCUCAGGUGUCUCACGUCUGGGCUGAACCAGGCGAAGAGUAAAAUUAAAGAUUCGGGACUUUUUCCAAAA